AUGAUAUUACUGCUUUUAUUGAUUGCGCGAAUCUUCGCCAACGAUAUCCCUGAACAGGUCCAUGUCGCGGUUGGCGCAUAUCCAGGCUUAAUCCAAUUCACAUGGAGCACGCGUCUAUCAACACCUACCUCAGCAGUUCGUAUUGGGCUCAAUCCUUCCUAUCUGACUCCUCCAUUAAAUAGAAAAUAUCGGUAAAAUUUUCAUUUGUUAGUAAUUUAACCCCAUUUAAAUUCGACUAACUUCUAUAUCUCACUUUAAUGGAAGAAGUGCUAUUUAGACAGUUGGAAGCCUAUAUUAAUAAUUUAUCAAAAUUUAUCAAUGAAUUCUUCAUAAAAAUAAAUUAAAAAUAAAAAAUCAUAUUCAGCUUAUUUUUCUCUUAUUAUUUUAAAACAUUAACACCUUAAUUAGAGCAGUUUUUUUAUUCCAAUUUAAAGCAGGGAGUAAAGUAUUAUUACGGCACAUCCAAUACCUUCACCAAUGGUACCAAUUCUUGGGUCAUCCAUACCGCAAAUGCUACAUUAUAUCCAGGAGCCACUUAUAUGUACCAGGUAGGCUGCAUUUUGACUAAUUUCAGCCAGGUUUUUAAACUGACAGUCCCUCCAAGCACUGGGUCGUCCUCUACUUACCUGAUCUAUGCUGAUCUUGAUAUUGGCUUAGAUGGUAAUUUAUCGUGGACUGAGAUAGGAAAUAGGUGGCCUUAACUUAACUUAAUUAAAAUUAUAAGAGAAGUUCCGGCUGACCCGCGGGCCAUAUUCAUACUCAUAAUGCUAGAUCCCUUGUUUGUUAGCCCCUUUGGGCUUCAAAGUGUUUCCUCAUGGACUAGGGCUUGCACUCACCACCGAUCAGUCAGAGACACUGGGUUAUCAUGCUGUGUAGGUUAGCAGUGUUCAGUUUCCAAAAAUUAGAAAAAUCGAAAUUUUUGUUCAUCUGAUGCUAAAACGGAAACUCGGGUCACAGAACACAAAGCUGGAAUCGUGCAGGAAACGUUCCUAAUUGACCAGAGGGAAUCUCACUGGUGCUGCUGGGACUUCUCUUUUCAAAUUUAAGUGCCAUCUCGCCUUGGCUUAUAUGCGAGCUAUGGUAGGCCAGAUCCCAACCAAACCAUGUAAAGUCUGGCUGGAUAUACAUCACAGGACGCCCCUUCCAAAAGGUUCCCGAGUAGCUCGGCUACACUUGCUAAGAGUGUUGGUUGGUUCGCCAGUACAUUUUAUUUGCACAGGAAAUAGAUGGCCUCAGCUGAAUAUUGAUGCAGUUAUUCAUAUGGGAGAUAUUGCUUAUGACCUCAGCACUGACUAUGGGACUUGGGGAGAUGCCUUUAUGAACUCAAUCCAGCCAGUAGCAAGUUCAGUACCAUAUAUGGUAUGUGUUGGGAACCAUGAAGGCGACGAUAAUUACGUAAACUAUUUGGCGAGGUUUGCGAUGCCAAAUAAUCAGUUUUAUUAUACCUGGGCCAGUGGAUAUGUAAGAUUCUUACUCCCCGUCCAUAAGCGAACAAAAAAAUUUUUAUAAGUAUUUUUGUUCGCUAAUGGAGGGGAGAUUUUCCAAAAAAUAGGGAUUUUCCAAUGGUUUUCUUCGCUCACAAAGGUUUUGAGUUAGCAAUUGAUACAGAAACUAUAGUUCAGCAAGCUUCAGAUUUGACUGAGAUGAUAGGAUAUAUACAAAAUGUCCUAAAUAGAACUCAAGCUGAUAAAGAAGCUUAUCCUUGGCUGGUUGUUUAUGGACAUAGACCUUUUUAUUGUUUAUCAACCCAGAAAAAGAAGUCAUGCGGAUCUGAGUCUCGGCUAUUACAAAGUACUUUAGAAAGUUUGUUUUAUACAUAUAAUGUAGAUUUAUACGUCAAUGGGCAUGUUCACAAUUAUGAGAGAACAACUCCAGUUUAUCAAGAAAAAGUUAUGGGAAGUGGCGGAUCUGGAAAUGUUUAUAUAGAUCCUCUAGCAACAAUAUAUGUGACAACUGGAGGAAUAGGAGCUGAUGGGAAUAAUUAUGAUAUCGAUACCCAAGGUGUUCCAAGCUGGCUUGCAGCACAAGAUGGAAAUUUGUCUUACAGCGUUUUCACAGCUUUUAACGCUACCCACUUAUUUUGGCAGCAAUGGGAGACUGGGAAAAAUAAAACUUCAGAUGAGUUUUGGAUUAUUAAAGGCUCAUCUGCUUUUGCUGAACAAUAG